CGCCCCAUGCAGCUCGCUCUAUUCUAAACCGUCCGCCAGAACACUCACAUGCAUGUCGCUACUUCCUGGAUGGAAGAAUGGAACCAAAGACAGUUCUCAGUACGUUUAGAAAGUCUGUGAUGGAACGCUUCCAGCACUGCCUUUGCAACAUUCUCUCUACAUUCAUAAGUGGCGCCGCGGGUCACCGCUGAAUGGACGAACAUAAUCAGUAGCCUAUUCUUCGACCAUUUUUUCCUCAAGUUGACGAAAUUGAGUCGGGCUCAUUGACUUUCACCUAUAGGAUUCACUUCGGGAAUGUAGAAAGGAAGCUUGGAUGCAUGUAGCCGAAUGUGACAAAACUAUUUUUUUGCGGUUCACAGACAUAGAUAUUCCUUGAAACAUAUGCUUAAUUGGCUUCAAGUGAAUUGCCAUCAAACUACACUCCAUCUGACACUGCAGUUGGGUUUGCGUCCUAUGUGCUAACGUCUGUUUUCUACAAUCAAGUUUAUGUAAUUUUGUAGACCUCAAACUUUGUCACCCGUUGCCUUCUUGUUGCUCUCGAUGAGUAUUUUGACAUGCGGAGAAUACUGGAACCGAGUCACUGGUGGACCUUACCCAUAAUUUUUUCAGCCUUGGCCGUGUUUACCGACUGUCAUCCUGCUCUACAGGGUGGCCAGUCGGUGUCAGUAGGAGAGGAGCACCAUGGGAGCAUGGGGGGCGGGGUGAGGGAGAGGAGGGCCACAGGAGGAAACUCCUACUGGGCUUAUUCCGGGACACACAGUCCUGGGGUCUGGGCCUCCUCAUACCCUGAGUGUGCGGAGAGGAACCAAUCACCAGUGGACAUCUCAGACAAGGAUGCCAAGGUGUCUCAGGAGUGCCAGGAGCUGACCCUCAACGGGUUCAACGCCGAGUCAUCCAACAAGACCUCCAUGAAGAACACAGGAAAGACAGUGGCUGUUCUGCUGAAGGAUGACUAUUUUGUACGGGGGGCAGGACUACCCGGACGCUUCAAGGCGGAGAAGAUAGAGUUCCACUGGGGUCAGAGUAACGGAUCAGCAGGGUCGGAACACAGCAUCAACAGCAGGAGGUUCCCCGUGGAGAUGCAGAUAUACCUGUACAACUCAGAUGACUUUGACAGUCUCAGUGCGGCCAUCAAGGAGAAGCGCAUCAUUGCUGCGAUGGCGGUGUUUUUUGAGGUGGGGCGGCGAGUCAAUCCAGCCGUAGAGCCCAUCAUCCAGGGACUGAAACGGGUCGUACACCACGAGAAGGAGACAUUCCUGAGUUCCUUCGUCCUGAGGGAUCUGCUACCAUCAUCGUUGGGGAGUUACUACCGAUACACAGGCUCUCUCACCAUCCCGCCCUGCAGCAAGGUGGUCGAGUGGAUCAUCUUAUCCAGACCCCUUUUCCUCUCCCACUCACAGCUGGAGGCGUUCUACUCCAUCUUCACCACGGAGCAGCAGGACCAUGUGAAGUCGGUAGAAUACCUGAGAAACAACUACAGACCCCUCCAGGACCUGGAUGACCGGGAGGUGUUGAAGUCUGCUGUUAAAGAUGCCUGGCAGAGGGACCUGACCGACAACCUGGGACUGGGUACAGAUGGCACCACAGACGCAUCCAGAGUCUGCAGCAGUGCCCCGGUCAACAUGAAGAUCCAGCCACUGAACGGCACUGCCCUGGUGGUGAGCUGGCAGCGCCCGCUAGUAGUUUACCACCCGCCUAUCACCAGCUUCAUGGUCUCCUACAGCUGGGUGAAGAGUGAUGUGGCCUACGAGAAGACCUUCACCAAGACUGGGGACCAGAACAUGAAGGCGGUGAUAACCCACGUGUCUUCAGACAUCCUGUAUCUGUUCAGAGUCCAGGCGGUGUGCCAGAGAGACCUACGCAGUGACUUCAGCCAGACACUGCUCUUCAGAGCUAACACCACCAGGAUAUUUGAGGGAACACGGAUAGUGAAAACUGGAAUGCCCACUGUCUCCCCAGCCUCCUCGGCAGACAUGGCUCCCAUAAGCUCCGGAUCCUCUACCUGGACCUCCUCUGGUCUCCCCUUCUCCUUCGUCUCUAUGGCUACAAGGGGCAUGGGCCCCUCGUCCAGCGGCAGUCAGGCCACGGUAGCAUCGGUGGUAACCAGCACCCUUCUGGCCGGCCUGGGCUUCAGCGGAGGGGUCAUCUCCUCCCUGCCUGGCUCUCUCUGGCCCACCCAGGCCCCUGCAGCCAGCCCUGGGUCUAACCCCGGCCCGGGUCCCAGCCGCCAGCCUGCCCAGCCCCAGGCCUCCACCGAGCCCCCCACAGCCCCUCAGGGUGGUUCUGACACGGACACCCCCACAGAGGAGGAGGCGGCGGGGGUGGACAGGGAGAACGAGGCGGAGGAGGGAGAGGGAGAGGAGGAUGAAGGGGAAGACGACAGGAGGAGGAAGAAGAAUAACAAGACAACGCCUGAUGAGGUGGAGAUGCAUCUAAAUGACAGUGUGGUCAAAGAGCCCAUUUCCGCCCUCACCCCCACAGCCACAGCCAAAGAGAAAGGAAAGGGGCAGGGAGAGCCUGUUGCUAACAGCACCACAGUGCCAAUAAGUGGAGGGGAGGACCAACUGGUCAGAGUUGACAGUAACACAGGGCCCACUGUGGAGCCAAAGAACGACACAGCAGAGAGAGAGAUACAGAUUCCCCAGAGCCCAACAAGCUCCCCAAAGACUAGCGGGGAAGAGAAGAGCCUUUGGCCUUUCUCUGUCCACACUGACAGGACCAGUGUGACCAACAUGACCCGCAGCCCUCACCCCGGGGUGGGCGGGAUGGUGUGGAUCGUCCCCCUGGUGGUGGUCUCUGCGCUCACUCUGCUCUGCCUCAUCAUGCUACUGGCUGUCCUGGUCUACUGGAGGAGGUUUUUCCAGACAGCUCACUUCUAUGUGGAGGACAGUAGUUCUCCCAGGGUGGUGGCCAAUGAGAACAUCCCCGUCAUCCCCAUCCCAGAUGACAUGGACGCCAUCCCCGUCAGGCAGUUAAUCAAACACAUCAUGGAGCUCUACUCCAACAACCUGCACGGCUUCUCUGAGGAGUUUGAGGAGGUCCAACGCUGUACGGUGGACCUGAAGAUCACAGCAGAACAUUCCAAUCACCCUGACAACAAGCACAAAAACAGAUACAUCAACAUCGUGGCCUAUGAUCACAGUAGGGUGAAGUUACGACCCUUGACUGGAAAAGAUGCCAAACACAGUGACUUCAUCAACGCUAACUAUGUAGAUGGUUACAACAGUCCCAAGGCCUACAUCGCGGCCCAGGGCCCUCUCAAGUCCACUUUCGAGGACUUCUGGAGGAUGGUGUGGGAACAGAACACUGGUAUCAUCGUCAUGAUCACUAACCUGGUAGAGAAAGGAAGGAGGAAAUGUGACCAGUACUGGCCCACAGAGAGCACUGAGGAGUAUGGCAACAUCGUGGUCACUCUGAAGAGUACUAACGUUCAUGCCUGCUACACACUGAGACAAUUCCUUAUACGGAACACCAAAGUCAAAAAGGGUCAGAAGGGCAACCCAAAGGGGCGUCAGAACGAGCGGAUGGUGAUCCAGUAUCACUACACCCAGUGGCCUGACAUGGGCGUGCCGGAGUACACCCUACCUGUCCUCACUUUCAUAGGGCGCUCCUCUGCAGCACGUACACCGGACAUGGGCCCCGUCCUAGUCCACUGCAGUGCUGGAGUCGGGCGGACAGGGACAUACAUCGUCAUCGACAGCAUGCUGCAGCAGAUCAAAGACAAGAGCAUAGUCAACGUCUGGGGCUUUCUCAAACACAUCCGCACGCAACGCAACUACCUGGUUCAGACAGAGGAGCAGUACGUGUUCAUCCAUGAUGCCCUGAUGGAGGCCAUCCUGGGCAGUGAGACAGAGGUACCCGCUUGUCAGCUCCAUGGUUACGUCAACAGCAUCCUCACCCCUGGCCUGGGGGGCCGCACGCGCCUCGACAAGCAGUUCAGACUGCUGACCCAGUGUAACACCCACUUCAUAGAGUGCUUCAGCGCCCAGAAAGAAUGCAACAAGGAGAAGAACCGCAACUCCUCAGUGGUUCCAUCGGAACGAGCUCGAGUAGGACUGGCCCCUCUCCUUGGAAUGAAAGGCACAGACUACAUCAAUGCCUCCUACAUAAUGGGUUACUACAGGAGUAAUGAGUUCAUCAUUACCCAGCAUCCUUUGCCCCACACCACCACAGACUUCUGGAGAAUGAUCUGGGACCACAAUGCCCAGAUCAUCGUCAUGCUUGCUGACAACCACGGUUUGGCUGAGGAUGAGUUUGUGUACUGGCCAAGCAGAGAGGAGGCGAUGAACUGCCUAGCCUUCACCGUCACCCUGAUCAGCAAGGACAGAUUGUGUCUCUCCAACGAAGAACAGAUCAUCAUCCACGAUUUUAUACUGGAGGCCACGCAGGAUGACUAUGUCCUGGAGGUAAGACAUUUCCAGUGCCCUAAAUGGCCGAACCCAGAUGCUCCUCUCAGCAGCACCUUCGAGCUCAUCAACGUCAUCAAAGAGGAGGCAAUGACACGAGACGGACCCACCAUCAUACACGAUGAGUUUGGGGCAGUGUCUGCGGGGACUCUGUGUGCCCUCACCACCCUGUCUCAGCAGCUGGAGAGUGAAGGGGCUGUGGAUGUCUAUCAGGUGGCUAAGAUGAUCAACCUCAUGAGGCCAGGAGUCUUCACAGACAUUGAGCACUAUCAGUACCUGUACAAGGCCAUGCUGAGCCUGGUGAGCAGCAGAGAUAGUGGGAUGUGCCCCCUCUACAUGGACACUAAUGGAGUGGUUAUCAUAAUGGACGAAUCAGACCCUGCAGAGAGCAUGGAGUCGCUGGUCUGACUGACUGGUUACUGAUUUGACUGGUUACUGGUAUGACUGGUUACUGGUAUGACUGGUUACUGGUAUGACUGGUUACUGGUAUGACUGGUUACUGGUAUGACUGGUUACUGGUCUGACUGGUUACUGGUAUGACUGGUUGUACUGGUAUGACUGGUUACUGGUCUGACUGGUUACUGGUAUGACUGGUUACUGAUCUGACUGGUUACUGGUCUGACUGGUUGUACUGGUAUGACUGGUUACUGGUUGUACUGGUCUGACUGGUUACUGGUCUGACCGGUUAUACUGGUUACUGGUCUGACUGGUUGUACUGGUCUGACUGGUUACCGGUUGUACUGGUCUGACUGGUUACUGGUUGUACUGGUCUGACUGGUUACUGGUCUGACUGGUUACUGGUUGUACUGGUCUGACUGGUUACUGGUCUGACUGGUUACUGGUCUGACUGGUUACUGGUCUGACUGGUUACUGGUCUGACUGGUUACUGGUCUGACUGGCUACUGGUCUGACUGGUUACUGGUCUGACUGGUUACUAGUCUGACUGGUUACUGGUCUGACUGGCUACUGGUCUGACUGGUUACUGGUCUGACUGGUUACUGGUCUGACUGGUUACUGGUCUGACCGGUUGUACUGGUUACUGGUCUGACUGGUUACUGGUCUGACUGGAGUCAUUAGUCUGAAUGACCACACCGUAGCUCACACCACCACCCGAAGGCACUUAAUUUGUACAACUCUGAGAAACGGAGAGAACUUUGGCGGACUUUCCCGAGGCCUUUUUUUGCCAGAACUAUUGGUUAAAUGAAUACCGGUAACCUGAUUACCUUUUUUUACACUGAUGAUAUAAUGUUUUUUGAUAUUUAUUUGUUUCUUCAUUAUUUUUGUCUUAAUUGUUAUCCUGCUGAGGGUUUGCACCUGUUUAAGUUGUUUCACGUGUGGGAAAGGAAAGAAGCUCUGUCCAGUUUGCACUAUACUUUCAGUGUUACUGCCUGAAACCCUGUUAGAUAAUACAGUACAGUUAGCUAGACCCUGGCUCCACGCUCCACUACCUGCAUUGGAACCCUUUUUGGAUUGUGGCAAAGAAAAAAACUUUUACCCCAAUGAAUGAAUGAACAGUGAAGACCAAGGACGACCCUACAGGUCAACAUGAUCUUCCAGGCCAAUAGAUUUCUUAAUACAGACCAUCCCAGUUCAGUACAUUUUAUUACAGUACAGCUCACCCAACAUGCAUUGCAUCACUAUCAUCUGGCCAACACUUAUUUUGGAAACCCCACCUUAUCCAAGGAAAAUGUUCAUCUGUAGAGAUACUAUGUUACUUAUACAUAUUAUAACUAUAUUACCCAAAUAUCCCCAUUCCUAUUUGUUAAUUUUACCCAUUACUUAGAUUUUUUUUUAAAGUAGUAUUACAACUACUGUGAACAUUUAUUGCUUUAUAUUAAGAUUUAUAUUGUUUUGUAAUAUAUAUGACUGUAUCCUUGAUCAAAGUAAGCAGCUGGUUUUGUGUACUGUAUAUCAUUCCCCCUCUCGCCUUGUGUGGAUCAAGACCCAUAGUGCCCAUUUUGUCCAACCCAGCUAGCUCUACAUGUGGCUUAUCUUGCAUCAACUGUUUUACUUAAUAUAAAGUUUACUUCAUAAAAUACAGCUUUCAUCUUACCAAAUGAAUGGAGUUCUCGUAGUCUUAACAUCAUCUCGAGGGGGGAGUGUUUUUCUUUCGUUAUAACCAAAGACGUGGUUGAAAAUUGCAACAAGAAAGUUGUUGGACCAUUGUUGGACUAAAACAUUGUAUUGUUACAUGGUUGUUGCAAUGUUACCACAAAGUUCUCAGAAUGUGUCUCGGACAACGAUCAGUCACAUGAAGCGUUCAUCCUAAUGAAAGUCCAUGGUGUAAGUCCAUACUUCACCAUGUGAAAUUAUGUUUGAACUGGAUUUUAACUAACCCCUACACCAAACAACAAUGGUAUCUAUUUUACUCAUUCAUACUGUACCCUGUAGCUAUACCCUGUACUUAUACAUAGAUGCUGUAGUUAACUUUUUUUCUCUCUCUUCUCUCUCGACGAGAAGCUUCUUAAAUGAGGUCACAACUCUCCGACAUUUGGAGAAAAGUCCUGACUUAUUACAUGCUUAUUUGUCACAAUGGGAAACCGUUAUUGGCAGCAAACAACCAUUUGUUUUGCAUGUGUAACUUUUAAAUGUAUCUCAAUCAUUAUUAUUAACGUUACUCUUUAUACAUAUUUCAUUUAUAACAUGAGUGUAAUUUCCUAUUUCGAAGGUAUGUACAUAUUUUUACUUCAAGGAUCAGUCUUCUUGGGCGUUAUAAUCUUUGCUGUGUGAUCAUUAUAGACCUUUAUUUUCAUAUGAAGCCUUUUUCUUUGGAACGUUAUCCUCCUCUCAGUCAUUGUAUUCGUGGUGAGUAUGUAAGAAUCAUGUCUCCAUGGAUACAAGUAGACUGCCAUCACCUUCCAACUCAAGUCCAUGACUGCUUCUAAAAUGGCAUCCUAUUAUCUAUAUAGUGCCCUACAUUUGAUCAAAAGAGGUGCCCUAUAUACAGUAGGGAAUAGGAUACUAUUUGGGAUGUUCACCGUAAAUCAUUUGUUUUUCUCUCGGGGUCAAGAAUAUGUUAUUCCUCCCCAUUUUGAAUAUCAGACUUUUGCUAUAGACUACAUCAGACCAGUGUGUGCUAUGGAUGAACAAGAUCCCAGGAGUCACUGAGUGAAGUUCGCCUCCUCAACCCAUAUAAGCAAGUUCAGCAGUUGUUCCAUUUUGUAAACGUGAAGAAAUGAACUGGUUUGGUCCGUUUAUUAUAUUGUCAUUGUAUGAUAGUGCCACGGUGUUGUAUUACUAUGGUACUGUCAUAUGAUAUAAUAUUAUUAUAGUGUAAUAGUGUUAUUUAAUAUGUAAAUUGUAUUGCUAUACAUUAAAUAAAGUAUGGGUUUUGAUGUACUUCA